UAUGUGAAACCGACAACCCUAAAUCUCUACUACUUCAGCUCCUCUUCAAUCGAUCUUCAUUUAUACACCAAGAUAUGUCCCCAUCGAUGAAGAACAAUACGAUUUUGAGCUUGUCAAUAUCAUCAGCUACUUCAGCUCUUCUUCAAUCAAUCUUCCAUUAUACACCAAGAUCCGUCCCCAUCGAUGAAGAACAAUACGAUUUCUAGCUUGUCAAGAUCAAAUGUUAUCAAAAUUCAGCUACUUCUGCUCCUCUUCAAUCGAUCUUCAAUUAUACACCAAGAUCUGUCCCAUCGAUGAAGAAAAUACGAUUUCCAGCUUGUCAAGAUCCAAUGUUAUCAAAAUUCAGCCCAAGUCGACGGAUUUCAACAAUCAAUCUCUCACACCAAAAAGGAAAAUGCUGUUGGUCAUCAUUUGCUGCUAUGUUCUCUUCUACAUGCCCUGGAACUGCUACAGAUGCAACCUAUUUGCUAGAUAUCCCUACAUUUCUUGAGGAGAUUGGACUUGCUCUUCAUUUUGUGCUAAGUUAUCAUCUGGCAGCCCUGUGUCUGAUAAAGCAGCAAACUGAUUUCUUGUUUGCAAUGUAUUAUCUGAAGCAUUGCAUUUCUCCCCCUUACUUCUGCAAUCAGAUGUAUCACCAUUGGAAUAAUUUUGCGAAGUUGAUCCAUGCCUGGCCAUCCAUAUGAGAAUUUACCCACUACAGCAUACUGCAAUUUCUCAAUGAUAUUCAUCCUUUUCACCCCUUCCUCGGUCCAUUUGAGAUAAGGUACCCCAUGGAGAAAAGAUACUUUCUUGAUUUCAAUUGGUGCAACAGUCUGUGUUUCUUCAUUCAAAAUUAUAGGCUUCAAAAGAUUUGCAUAUUGUAACUUAUUUUCAUUUGUUUGUGUAGUCGCUCCUUCCUGUAAUGUUGCAAAAGUAAUAUGCUAACCAGUCCCACCGGAGGACUGGCCACCGGCCGUAGAGGCCAUGCACUAGUUUGAG